AUGGUAAAUGAAACAGAAUUUUGGAGUGAAAUUCGAAAAGGUAUACCACAGUAUAGAAAAAGAAAACCAAGGGUUGUUCCAGCUUUUACAAUUCAAGCUUUGCAGGAAAAUACUAUAGUUGCAAAACCUCCUCGGUACGAACUGUACAAACAUCAACCACCUAAACCAUCAACUUUUCGAAAAUUCUAUGAACAGGGCGUAUUUCCGAUAUCAUUGGAAAAUGAUAUUUAUGGCACGAAACUCAGUUGGAAAGUUGAGAUCGAAGACUUAGAUUUUCAUCAUUAUUUACCAUUGUUUUUUGAUGGAUUGACAGAAACGGAGCAACCUUAUAAAUUUCUAGUAGAACAAGGAAUAUCCGAUAUGUUAGAACAUGGUGGUCCAAAAAUUUUACCCGUUGUACCACAAUUAAUAAUUCCUAUUAAAAAGGCUCUAAAUACAAAAAUGUCGGAAAUCAUUUGUGCUACAUUGAAAGCCGUCCAAAAACUCGUACGUUCAGCGGAUUGUGUUGGGGAAGCUUUAGUGCCAUAUUUUAGACAAAUUUUACCAGUUCUUAAUUUAUUGAAAGAUAAAAACGUCAAUCUUGGAGAAGGAAUCGACUACUCGCAACAAAGAGGAGAGAACGCUGCAGAUAUAAUACAAGAGACCCUUGAAAUGCUUGAAAUUUAUGGCGGUGAAGAUGCUUUUAUAAAUAUCAAGUAUAUGAUUCCCACGUAUGAAUCUUGCAUGAUGAAUUAA